AUGUCGUCGUGGGAGGACGAAGCUGACGAAAUUUUGGAGGCGGAGGAGAGGAGGAAGCAAGAGGAACAGCAAAGAGCAGCUGCUGUGGCGGCCAGGAAGGCAGCGAGCGACGCGAAACGAGGUUUUGCUGAUGAUGCCGACGCGCCUCUCUCCGACCCAGUCGCCGAGAAAAUGCGGCGGCAAAAAUUGGUUGAAGAGGCUGACAAGAGACUCAUGGACGAUCUUUUCUCGGGAUGCGAGAGGCCUGCAGACUACAUGCCGCCCACAGCCACCUCAGCUGCUGUUGCAGCUCGGACAAAGACGACGAAGGCUGCCGCGCCCGUCGUCGAUCCUGUCGAGGCCAUUUCUCUCCGAAGCUACAAAGACUGCGAACAGUUCGCAACGCGACUCGGCAAGAAGAUUCGAGAGAGUCCGGCAAAGAGCCCCGCGUGGCUCAGGCUUCUUGAUCUCCUCUUGAAGGACUGCACUCCAAAAAUGGAAAUGAAAGACCUCGUUUCUCUCCAGAAGAAGCUGCAAGCUGCCGUGGCUGACCGCGAGAAAGAGUCGAAGCAAGUCGUGGAGAAGAAGAAAAAACCAAAUGACGUAGGGUCCGCGAUGAAGAACUACCGAGACGAAGUGGACAUGCUCUACGGUGACCUUUCACAGGAUGAAGACGACGACGAGGAGGCCUUCUUGUGA